AUAUCAAAAGAGAGGGCAAGGUCAAGCAUGAAUAAAAUUCAUUCGAAAUUAAAGAACGCUUUCGACGUCGUUAUAAAAGUAUCUUCACAGCACUAAACUGAGCAAUGCGAUGCUAAACUUGCAAUUGAACGGUGUUCAAAAUCAGAAAUACAAUAUAAAGAUCACCUACCAGACAAAUCUGUAGUAUAGUAACACAAAAUUGUUACUACGUGAAAAAAACAUUUUAACAAAUUUUACUGUUGUAUCGGUUUUUGUCAUAUUGGAAAAUUCUAAAAAUGGAAACAAUAUCGAUUUCUUCGGCAACUGCAUCUUUGUACUUUAGCUCAAGCCUAUUGUAUCCACUUGUCUUGAUCAUUGUUACUCUUUGGAUACUUCACUACUACAUUGAAAAUAUGAGAAUUGUACGAAUGGGUAACAAAUUACCAGGUCCGAAGACAGUUCCUUUUUUCGGCAAUGCUUUACUUGCCUAUGGUGUCCAGCCUAGAGAUGUUUUAAAUGUUGUUAUGGAAUAUGUCCAUUUUGGAAGAGUCAUCAGAGCUUUCCUUGGAACAAAACUUGUAAUCUUUCUAAUGGAUCCCAAAGACGUUGAAAUCAUUCUCAGUAGUCAAAUUCAUAUCGAUAAGUCACCGGAAUAUCGAUUUUUUAAGCCAUGGCUUGGUGAAGGUCUUUUGAUAAGUACCGGUGAAAAAUGGAAAACUCACAGAAAAAUAAUUGCACCUACUUUUCAUCUUAAUGUUCUAAAGACUUUCGUUCCUCUAUUCUAUGAAAACAGUAUAGAUCUUGUGAGGCGUUUGCGAUCAGAAGUUGGUAAAGAGUUUGACAUCCAUGAUUAUCUAUCAGCUGUAACUGUAGAUAUUCUAUUGGACACUGCUAUGGGUGUACGAAAUGGAAAACGACAGAAGACCGGAUUUGACUAUGCAACGGCAGUCAUGAAGUUGUGUGACAUUAUCCAUCAGAGACAGUACAACUUCAUGCUACGAAUUGAUCCAUUUUUCAAAUUCACUAGCUUUGCAACAAAGCAAGAACAAUUAUUAUCAAUCAUUCAUAGUUUAACUCGGAAUGUUAUCAAACAAAAACAGCAAGAGCUUGCUGAGAAAGGUGAACUAUCACUUCCUGAAGUUUAUGCGACUGGGAAAAAUAUUGAGACUUCUACUGUCAACAUUGAUAGAGAGAACAAAAAUUCAAAUAUGCGUUAUGUAAGAGAUGAUCUCGAUGAGAUUGACGAAAACGAUGUUGGGGAAAAAAGACGCCUCGCGUUUCUCGAUAUGAUGCUGGAACUUGCUCGGAAUGAAUCAAUUUUGUCGGAAGAAGAAGUCAGAGAAGAAGUUGAUACUAUCAUGUUCGAGGGUCAUGAUACAACAGCUGCUGGUUCCAGCUUUACACUUGCGGUUUUGGGAAUUCAUAAACACAUUCAGGACAGAGUAAUGGAAGAACUGAACGUAAUUUUCGAAGACUCCGAUCGUGCCUGCACAUUUCAAGAUACACUAGAAAUGAAAUAUUUGGAGCGAGUUAUAAUGGAAACGUUGAGAAUGUUCCCACCUGUACCAGCGAUUGCUAGACAGUUGAAUGAAGACGUCAAACUCGCGUCUGGUGAUUAUACAUUACCAAGAGGUAGCACAGUCAUCAUUCCACCAUUUCAAAUUCAUCGCUUGGAAGAAUACUAUCCAAACCCGGAAAUCUUUGACCCUGAUCGUUUUUUACCAGAAAAUACUCAAAACAGACAUUAUUAUGCUUACGUGCCAUUCAGCGCUGGCCCCAGAUCCUGUGUCGGAAGAAAAUACGCUAUGCUGAAACUCAAAGUUUUAAUAUCUACAGUCCUGCGAAAUUACAAGAUUGUAUCAAAUUUAUCGGAAAAAGAUUUUCAAUUACAAGUGGAUAUCAUUUUAAAACGUGCCGACGGUUUUCCAAUCAUGAUUGAGCCACGUAAUUAAACAUCAGUUUAAACAUAAGAAAAUGUCGUAACUAAGAAUCAUUCAAUUCGUAAAUAAAAACUUUAUAUUGUUGUUAUUACUA